AUGCCGCUGCAGGAAGACGCCCUCCGGGAGGUGUGGGCCUCCGACAGCGGGCACGGGGAGGAAGACCAGAGCCCAGAGGUGCAACGCCGCCGCCAGCAACAGCGACCCGUCCGGGGACAGAAGUUGAGGAAGAAAAAGACUGAAGCCCCUGAGUCUCCCAGCCCGUCGAGAUCCACGCUCCGAAGACCCGGAGUCGCGAGAAGGGGGAGGCUGCGGGAGGACCCCGCCCAGGAGCCGGCCCAACGCGGGGCGCAGCAGACCGUGUACGCCAAGUUCCUCAGGGACCCCGAGGCCAAGAAGCGCGAUCCCCGGGAAACCUUCCUGGUAGCCGGCGCGCGGGACGCGGAGGACGAUGAGGAAGAGGAAGAAGAGGUCCAGGAGGGCGAAGAGAAAGAGGAGGAGGGAAAGAAAGAAAAAAUCGCUCUGCCUCCCAAGACCCCCCCCAAAGAGGUUUCCACAGACAUCAAGGAGAAGAGAGUCAAGACCAUGGGUCAGAGGGGGGACCUGGGAAGCCCUGUGCCCCCACCAAAACCUCUGCGCGCUAAGAAGCAGAUACCCGUGGAGGAAGGGACCAAGCUGAGAAAGAUAAAGAAAAAAGGGUCUGGGGAGGAAGACAAGGACCCCUCUGGGAGUCCGGCCAGAGUGAGGAAGAAGGUGCCAGCAGCCAUGUUUCUGGUUGGAGAGGAGGGUCCGACCAGAGAGAAAGCUUUGAAGAAGAAAGGUACUCCCAAAGGCGCAGAAGGGGAGAGGAAGAAGGAAGAAGACGAGGAGGAAGAGGUGGACGCAGGAGUGACCAAGAACAGCAAUCAGAAGGGCAGAGGGAAAGGAAAAAGCAAAAAGGAGGCUAAGGAGGACAGGGCCCCAUCCCCACCAGUGGAAGUGGAUGAACCCCAGGAGUUUGUGCUUCAGCCUGCCCCCCGUGGUAGGACUGUGCGUUGCCGGCUGACCCGGGACAAGAAGGGUAUGGAUCGGGGCCUGUACCCCUCCUACUUUCUGCAUCUGGACACAGAGAAGAAGGUGUUCCUCUUGGCUGGCAGGAAACGGAAACGGAGUAAGACAGCCAAUUACCUCAUCUCCAGCGACCCCACCAAUCUGUCCAGAGGAGGGGAGAAUUUCAUUGGGAAGCUAAGAUCCAACCUCCUGGGGAACCGCUUCACGGUUUAUGACAACGGGCAGAAUCCACACAGAAGAGGCAGCGCUGAUGUGGGGAGCCUUAGGCAGGAGCUGGCAGCAGUUAUCUAUGAAACCAAUGUGCUGGGCUUCCGAGGCCCACGGCGCAUGACCGUCAUCAUUCCCGGCAUGAAUGUGGACAACCAGAUGGUCCCCAUCCGACCCCGAAAUGCCAGAGAUGGGCUGCUGGUGCGCUGGCAGAACAAGACACUGGAGAGCCUCAUUGAACUACACAACAAGCCACCUGUCUGGAAUGAAGACAGUGGCUCCUACACCCUCAACUUCCAAGGUCGAGUUACCCAGGCCUCAGUCAAAAACUUCCAGAUUGUCCAUGCUGAUGACCCCGACUACAUCGUGCUGCAGUUCGGCCGCGUGGCGGAAGACGCCUUCACCCUGGACUACCGGUACCCGCUGUGCGCCCUGCAGGCUUUCGCCAUCGCCCUCUCCAGUUUCGACGGGAAGUUGGCCUGCGAGUGA